UAUGCUAUGGGAGUAUGUGCUAUGGCUUUUAGAUUCUCUCAAGACACUAUUUCAAAAGCUAAAGGUUGAGGAAAAGUGAAACAACGAAGCAGCAAGCUAAGCAAAAACUACAACGCAAAAGAAGGGCAAGGAUAUACGAUGAACCCAAAAAAAAAAAGUAAAAGCUUUGCAAAGAACACCACCUUUACCAAGGAGUUAAAGCCUUUCCUUAAAGGUGACAAGUGAAACACCAUAAAAAAGUUCACAACAAAGUUUUCUUACAGCAGCUGAAAACUGGAGCCAAAAACAAGUUCAUUUUCUCUCUCUUCAAAAGUUCCAAAAAUCAUCUCCAUUAUAAUGCCCAGUUUCAGUAUUAAGUCUACCAAGUAGACUUAUUGAUGCUGUGACAGAUAGAGAGAUAGAAAGCAGUAUCUUUCUCACUACACUAAAUACCCUUGGUUGACAUAGGAUGAUAUAUAAAGAAGUGGAGAAAAUGUGAAGCUAUAUCCUCUCGAUCUGUUUCCUUCCGUGUUACAUGUUACUUGAAACUUUUACAAAAUGGGUUGUGCUGCAUCAAGGAUCGAUAAAGAAGAAAGAGUGCAGAUUUGUAAGGAAAGAAAAAGGGUAGUAAAACAGCUGUUGGGGUUCAGAAAAGAAUUUGCCAGUGCCAUUUUAGCAUACUUAAAAGCACUCAAAGACACUGGUAUUACCCUCCGUCAAUUCACCGAAUUAGAGUCGCUAGAGCUUGAGGGUGUUUUGCCUUCUUCUCCGCCGCUUCCUCUUCCACCUUCACCUCCAUUACCUCCUCCUGUUGAUAGUCCCGAUUCAAGGAAGCUUGAAAGUGAUCAAAAUGGUAAGGAAGUCGCAGAAGAGAUAAUUGAGAUUGGAGAGGAGAGUAUUUGCACUCCUCCACCGCCUAACAGUUCGUUGGAUCUUUGGGACUUGCUUGGAAGUUCUUCGGCACAACAUAAAUUAGAGAGUUUGUCGGUUCAAGACAUUGAUGAAGAAACUUGGGCUGAGACAAGAUCACAGUUUGAAGAAGAGGAUCAAGAGCAUGUAACAUUUGAUAAAGCUUAUGAUGCUGUUAGAAAAAAGUCACUGAAUGCGAAUGAUGAUUCAUCAAUGGUGACUGGACACACCAAACAUAUGGUUCAUCGGCCCAUGGUUGCAUGGAAGAGGACUGGGAGGAGAAAGUCAUUGUCAGACAUAGUCAAGGAGCUUGACGAUUACUUCUUGAAAGCAUCUGCGGGUGGGAAGGAGAUCGCGGUUCUAGUAGACAUGGGCACAUGGAAUAAUUCUCAGCAUCAUGACUUAAAAGAAGGAAAAGGGAAGGGAAAUAACUCUGCUAGAUUGAGUUCUUUGUCAUGGAGCUGGUCCUCCAGAUCACUACAGGUGACAAGGGAUGCUUUCGAGGUCGACACCCCUAUUGAACCUUGCAAACCAGGAGCGCACUGCAUCACACUUUGGAAAAUUUUUGCUGAAGAGCAGACACUCUAUACGGCAAUAAGGGGGGAGGAGAUUGCUAAAUUGGAGCAUGAGCAGAAAUCUUCGUCAUUGCAAAAACAAGAAGAUGAAAACAGUGACUUGAAGAAGAUAGAAAAAACACGGUGCGCUGUCGAAAAAUUGCAGUCUGAUAUUGUACGGCUGCAGGAGUUAGUGACAAAAACAUCUGCAUCAAUACUAACAGCAAUAGAACAGGAGCUGCAUCCUCAGCUUAUUGUGCUGCUUUCCGGGCUACAUCACAUGUGGAGAACCAUGUAUGAAUGCCAUGAAGUUCAGAGUCAUAUCUCACAGCAAGUGCAUCAUCUAACCAGUCACAAUACUGAACCAUCUACUGAUCAGAAUCAUCAUGAUGCAGCAAUGCAGCUCGAGAGUGGAAUCAAUUUCUGGUACGAUAGCUUUUGUAGACUCACUAAGUCUCAAAGAGAUUAUGUACAAGCCAUCUGCACUUGGAUUAGGCUCCUUGAUUGUCCCAUAGAUAAUGAAAAUCAAAACCGCUGCCCAUCUAUGGUCCGUGCCCUUUGUGAAAAAUGGUUGCUUGCCCUUGAUAGGCUACCAGAAAAGGUUGUGUCAGAGGCCAUUAACAGCUUUCUAUCAGUUAUAAGAUCAAUAAUCUCACAGCAAGAGAAAGAAUGCGGCCUGAAGAAAAAAAUUGAUAGGCUGGAGAGGAGAUGGCAGAAGGAAUUAAAGUCACAAAUUGAAAUGGAAAAAAAGCUUGAAGUAAGCAAUAGUUUGGGAGAUAUGGAAUCUGGUCUGAGCCCAAAACAUCCAUUGUCUGUCAAACGUGCUAAAACUGAUGCCUUGAAAAAGGUUCAUGAGGAUGAGAAGGCCAAGUAUCUGAGUUACAUCCAGGUUAGCAGGACCACGACCUUAAGUGACCUGCAAAAUACCCUCCCGCGUCUGUUCGAAGCACUGAUGGGGUUUGCAAGUGCCUGCACUCAGGCUUUUGAGACUGCUCUCAAUCAGGCUCAGCAAGUUUGUGAUGCUGAACAAUCUCAAGCUGAGUGCUAAAAAUUGAUGAGUUACACUAUACUAAGAACUGUAAAAAUUCUUUUUUUUUUUUUGUUCAGCAAUCUUCAUCCUAAAUGUUUUUUUUAUCAAAUUAAGUUUUGGGUCAGGUCUAGUUUGAGUUAGGUCAAAUUCAAGUUAGUAUCCAUAGGUAAGGUUAGGGUUAUGUCAGGGUAUUUGAAAUGCAAAAAUAAACAAGAUUAGCUUUCAAGUUUUGAGUGUUUUUCCAUAUUAAUCCCAAAUAUGAAUUAUUUUUUAGUAAA